CCGCUAUGUCUGGUAGAGGCAAGGGCGGGAAGGGGCUCGGCAAGGGUGGCGCCAAGCGCCACCGCAAGGUGCUGCGCGACAACAUCCAGGGCAUCACCAAGCCGGCUAUUCGCCGCCUGGCUCGGCGCGGCGGCGUGAAGCGCAUCUCUGGGCUCAUCUACGAGGAGACGCGCGGCAUCCUGAAGGUUUUUCUGGAGAACGUGAUCCGUGACGCCGUCACUUACAUGGAGCACACCAAGCGCAAGACUGUCACGGCUAUGGAUGUGGUGUACGCCCUCAAGCGCCAGGGACGCACCCUUUACGGUUUCGGUGGUUAAACUUGUUUUUGGUCAUAGGCUGCUCUCUUAGAACACAAAGGCUCUUUUCA